AUGUUUGUCCUCUGUUCUGACCCCCGUGUUCCUCACAGCGAUGUGAGCAACAACAGCCUGUACGGGCGCAUCAACCGCGACUUCAAGAACAUGGUGGCGGACGGCGGUGCCCUCAUCAACUUGGCUCACAACUUCUUCUUCGGUGAUGCUGUGCUCUUUGCUGCCGGCUGCAAGGUCUGCCCCACUGAGAUCACUGAGCCCAACCAGCUGGGCAUGGGGGAUACCUUUGAUGUGUUUGCUGGCAAGUGCAACGACGCUGCCGCCACUGGUUUCCGAGAUUAUUCGGUGGCGGGGGCAGGCAAGGAGGCGAGGGUGAGUCUGUCGGGCAACUGCCUCACGCUCAGCGCGGAUGCGUACUGCUCCUCCAACACCACCCAGCGCAGCACGGCAGCCUGCCAGGCGUUCUGCAGCAUCACGGACAACGGCCCGUGUGACGGCCAUGGGGCAUGUGUGCCGCCUGCACCCGCCUCCCCCACCAACUUCACCUGCCUCUGUGACGCCGGCUACUCUGCUGUCGACUCGGGCAACGGCUCUACCUGUGCCAUUGUCAACUCCACCACCACCACCACCACUGUAUCCUCCCUGUCCACGGGCGCCAUAGUGGCCAUUGCUGUGGGCUGCUUUGCUGGCUUCGCUCUGCUGGCUGCUGUGGUUGCUUGGCUGCUGUGGCCCCGCCGACCAAAGAAGUGGGAGGGGCUGGAUGUGUGCGAGCAGUUCUCGCUGCAGCAGAUGGUGAAGGCCACCAAUAACUGGUCGGACGACAAUGUGCUGGGCAAGGGUGGCUUUGGCAUUGUCUACAAAGGCCACUCGCCACAGGGCCAGUUGUGGGCUAUCAAGCGCUCCAAAGUUAUGACCAAUGACUUUGAAACGGAGAACGUGGAGACGGGCAAGCAGGAGCAGAUCCUGGUGUACGAGUUUGUGGGCAACCGGGACCUGGAGUACCAUAUCUACAAGACUAAGAGUGAGUUCUGA